UACCGUCGCCGUCGCCCCCCGUCUUGGCAUGGAGGGAUGACUGCAGCGCCUCCCAGUCCAUCAUUUUUGGGAGUUCCAUUGCCACCGACCCAUAACCGGCGGCAUUCAUUCGGCCAUGGCAAUCGCGCUCCUUGGCCAUACCAGACGUCGCCGCAGCACUUCCAGAUUCACCCGCUUCUUAACGGAGAAGCUUAUGUAUCCGAGUUCUACUUCGACAUUGCCAAUCCAGCUUUCGCGCCAUUGCGCAAAGUUGGUCCAAACCACACGGCUAUGGUGUCUGUCGAAGAACUCAGGGAACCUGCUACGUUUCCAACCAUUACCCGCAUGCGUAUCACGCAUGAUGCUAUUCCCCAAUGGCCUGUUGACUUGGAGCUCGUUCAUGGCGAGUACGAUAUCUCAGGCGCUCUGCCCAUAACGGUUGGCGAUGUUUUGUGGAUGAUCCAUUCUUCCCUGCACCGCCAAAUUUCUCACUCUGACUGGGCCCAGCUAAGUCAGAGUGAAGAAACUGCAAUUGCGCGGGCAUAUACCCGCAGAUACAGGAGCAUCCCUUCAUCUGCUCAGCUCGAAGCAAGUCAAGGAGUCAAAAGGGUUGACUAUUUGAUGGAAAGACACGUCUUCAGGGGACUUGUCAGAGCUCCAGAUGAAGAUGGUUUCCACCAUUGGAAGUUGUUG